GCCGGCGGCCCAUGAGCCCCGGCCUCAAAGUUUGCGGCGGGCGGGCGGGCGCGGAGCCUCCAAGAUGCCGUUCCACCCGGUGACGGCGGCGUUGAUGUACCGGGGCAUCUACACCGUGCCCAACCUGCUGUCGGAGCAGCGUCCCGUGGACAUCCCCGAGGACGAACUGGAGGAGAUCCGUGAGGCCUUCAAGGUGUUCGACCGUGACGGCAAUGGCUUCAUCUCCAAGCAGGAGCUGGGCACGGCCAUGCGCUCCCUGGGCUACAUGCCCAACGAGGUGGAGCUGGAGGUCAUCAUCCAACGGCUGGACAUGGAUGGUGAUGGCCAAGUGGACUUUGAGGAGUUUGUGACCCUCCUGGGACCCAAGCUCUCCACCUCGGGGAUCCCAGAGAAGUUCCACGGCACUGACUUUGACACGGUCUUCUGGAAGUGCGACAUGCAGAAGCUGACAGUGGACGAGCUGAAGCGGCUGCUCUACGACACCUUCUGCGAGCACCUGUCCAUGAAGGACAUAGAGAACAUCAUCAUGACGGAGGAGGAGAGCCACCUGGGCACAGCCGAGGAGUGCCCCGUGGACGUGGAGACCUGUUCCAACCAGCAGAUCCGGCAGACAUGCGUGCGCAAGAGUCUGAUCUGCGCCUUCGCCAUCGCCUUCAUCAUCAGCGUCAUGCUCAUCGCGGCCAAUCAGGUGCUGCGCAGUGGCAUGAAAUAGGCGUCACCUGGGCCUGCCCCACAUCUCCGCCACCUGCAGCCCUCUCCCUCGGCCAGCUCCCUGGGCCACUUCAGGGCCUGGACAGCCGGCGACCCCACCCACCCCAUGGGCCUUGCAUGGAGCCACGGCCUGGCUGUGGAGGGCCUGGUGGCAGCUCUGAGGAUGGCCCCCACCCCCUACACCCUGCCGUGCCCUCGCCCUGGCCUGUAUGUAGCGCUAACUCUUCCCGCUGUCCAGGGGCUCCGGGGGAAUUAAGGAGGGAUUUGUACAGGAAGUCCCAGGACCCAGUCACUGCAGUGGUUCCUUAGGCAGGAGGGGCCCCUGUGCCCAGAGAGGGCAGCUGCCUGCCCCUGACCACACAGCCAACCCCAGCCCUGGUUCCUGAGGUUUGCCCGGGACUCUGGGCAGGGCAGGGGCAGGCCUCCUCCUGGGUCUCCUGGGCCCUGCUCCCUGGCUGGGCCUGAGGAGGCCUCCGACCCUCUCCUGGGUCCCUUCCUCUGACCCUCCUAGAC